AUGAGAGAUUUAGUAGUGCUCGGGGGUUCAUCCCACCCGCACCUCACCAAAUCAAUAUGUCGUAAUUUAACCAUAGAACAAGGACAAGUUUUAUCUAAGAAGUUUUCUAAUGGAGAGACUAGUAUUGAGAUUGAAGAUUCUGUUAGAGAGAAGGAUGUAUUUAUUGUACAAUCAGGAUGUGGAGAUGUUAAUGAUAAUUUUAUUGAAUUAUUAAUAAUGAUAUCUGCCUGUAAAAUAGCUAGUGCUACUCGAGUUACUGCAGUAUUACCAUUAUUUCCUUAUUCUCGUCAACCUGAUGUACCUCAUGCAGCUAAUAUUACUGGAGCUCCAUUAAUUUCAACUAAAAAAGAUCUGUAUACUUUUGAAAGUACUCCUAGUACUCCUCGUCCAUUAUCAAGAGGUAGUAGUCUUAAUCAAAGUUAUUUUGCUGAUUCUUUACCUUUAUCUGGUAAUAAUAAUAACAAUAAUACUUCUCGUGAUGGAUUAUUAGAAAGAGCUACACUUAAUAAUUUAAAACAACCUCAACCAACAAAAGGAACAUAUACUCCUAGAUCAAUUGUUACAAACUCAGCCUCAACAAAUAUUCCUGUAGUUGAUGCUUAUGGUAAAACUGAUAAUGGUUAUAAACAAUGGGUUGCUCAAAAUGGAACAUUAAUUGCAAAUUUAUUAACUACUGCUGGUGCUGAUAGAUUAAUUACUAUGGAUUUACAUGAUCCUCAAUUCCAAGGAUUCUUUAAUAUCCCAGUAGAUAAUUUAUAUUCGAGACCUUUAUUGAAGCAUUAUAUAAAGGAUUAUAUUCCUAAUUAUCAAGAUUGUGUUAUUGUUUCUCCCGAUAGUGGUGGAGCUAAACGUGCUACAUCUAUUGCUGAUUCUUUAGGAUGUUCAUUUGCACUUAUACAUAAGGAAAGAAGAGCCAAAGUUGCCAAAAACCCUCCUUCAACUUAUGCCUCUAGUUCUUCAAGUUCUGUUAAUCUUUUAAAUUCUGUUAGUACAAGUCAUACAAAUGUCGUAGCCACUACUAUGUUAGUUGGUGAUGUAAAGGAUAAAGUAUGUGUAUUAAUAGAUGAUUUGGUAGAUACUUCAUAUACUAUAACUAGAGCUGCCAAAUUAUUAAAAGAUCAAGGUGCUAAAUAUGUAUAUGCAUUAGUCACUCAUGGUGUUUUCAGUGGUGAUGCAAUUAAUAGAGUUAAUAAGUCAGACAUUGAUAGAGUAAUAACUACUAACUCAGUACCACAAUUAGAUAAUGUAUCAGUGAUAGGACCUGAGAAUUUCGAAGUAUUAGAUAUUUCAAGAAUUCUUGCUGAAGCUAUUAGAAGAAUUCAUAAUGGGGAAUCGGUAUCUAUGUUAUUCGAUCAUGGAUGGUAA